AUGCCUGGGGACUCCCUGUCGCUGUGGGAACUGAUGGAAGAGCACGUUCCGCUCCCGGAGCGGCCCGAAGUGAAGAGGAUUCUAGGGGAUACGACGGUGGAUCUGAGCAUGGAGCUACGGGCAGAGGUGGUGAUGUUACGAUCAUUGCUCCAAGAGGCUCGAUCUAUCCAAUCCCCUGGAUCGCGCCCCACCUCUGACCUCUCUUCCCUUCUGGCACCACCGCCCCUUGUAAGAGAUCUCAUGCGCCAGGAACUGCGGCAGCUCCUCCAAGGUCUCCGCCGGAAGGCCAUCUGUGAGGGCAGGGACCAGACCCAGGCUUGGGUCCAGUAUAGCCCCAGGGUCCUGCGCUUUGCCUUGGAGGAGCCCAGGCGUGAUUUGCCAGAACAGGAGAUGUUCCAGAUGAGAGCUGGUGAAUCCAGCAGCUGUCACCAGGACCUCAGUGUCAUCAAGGACCAGUUGAACAUGUCCUACAUUGACCAGGUUGCUGGACACCUGCGGGCCCUCCUGGAGGAAGAGUGCCGCGCGCUGGAGAGGGAGAUUCCCAUCCUGCAGCGCUGCCUGGAAGACGAAUAUACAGGGACCCCUCGGCCUUCUGAGGCAAGCCUAGAGCCCACCCUGGCAGAGCUAAAGGAACAGAAGGCAGCCAUGCAACAGGAGCUGCAGGCACCCCUGAGGCCUCCCUGUGUCUCCCCCAGCCACAGGGCACAGCGCUUGGGGUCCUCCAGCCAGGGCCCUGGACCCCUGUCUUGCCUCCACGGGGCUGCUAGAGUUUGGGCCAGGCCUCUCCAGUGCUGCCUGCCUGCUCCUCCUCUGGAGCGCUGCCCCAAACCUCGCAGCCUGGCCUCCACCUGCCGCUGGGGACGGAAGAUUCAGUUCAGCCCUGGGAAAAGGCCAGCUUCUACUCCGAUGUCUAGUGCAGUGACCCAGGCCCCAACCUGA